ACACACAACACGCACGCUCGCAUGCGCGCGCGCGCCGCAGGAGCCAGAGGAACCAGUCAAGUCAGCUGCUCGAGGACGCACCUGAUUUCAGUCCACAGACACGAGCACAAGAGGAUACCGUGGACAACACGGGCUGGUUUAUUUCAUUUCCUCCGUCUGUAGUAGUUGUAGCAGGAGCUGCGAGCAUGUGGAGCCGCUUUUCUCCCGUCAGAGCCCGCUCAAAGUUUUGACACAGCGGAGACGAGAGGAGGAGAAGAAUAAGAGAGGAGGAGAAGAGAGGAGCUGCAGCUCUGACAGACGAUGGGAAAGCUUGAAUAGAUUGACUCGGAGACGCAAACACCAUGGCAGUGGACGCUGCAUCCAGUUUUAGUUUUUGCCGGCCAGCUGUGGAGUACAGAGCUCUGUCUGAGGACUUCAAGCACCAGCUGAGCCGACGGACCGGUGGGAACCUAACUUGGCAUGAUGGGCGUGGACAGAAAACAGCAGGAGGCAGGACAGUGAAGUUGCUGCAGCAGCCAGGAACUGAGGCCCUGCAGCACCGUUCCCAUGAAAAUUAUGGGAUAUACCACACAAGCCCAACACAGCCCAGCCUGAUCCGCCCGGUCGUGCUCUGGUCACAACAAGACGUUUGUAAAUGGCUCAAGAAACACUGUCCUCACAACUACCUGACCUACGUGGAGGCUUUCUCCCAACACGCCAUCACAGGCCGUGCGUUGUUGCGUCUGAAUGGGGAGAAGCUGGAGAGGAUGGGUUUGGUGCAGGAGACGCUUCGACAGGAGCUGCUGCAGCAGGUGCUGCAGCUUCAGGUGCAGGAGGAGGGACGUAACCUGCAGCUGCUCAGCAGAGGUUCCUUUGCAAGGAUAUCAUAGCUGUUGUGGAUCUAUGGAAGUAACUCUGUGCCGUCUGUCCGUAUGUAUCACUGGAAGAAGAAGACACUGUGGAAUAAUGGGACACAUGAUCAAAAACAAACAAACUCAAAUAUGAAUCGCAUAGAUUAUGUGCAGAAUAAAUGCCUCCAGUGCAGAGUAACAUCCGGCUUUUCAUUCACUAUCUGCACGACAAACAGACAUAAUAUUAAUGGACUAUGAACUGUGAAGGAAAAAAACAAAGCACCCCGACAAUCUGUUUUGGUCAACUGAUUGACCUGCUCUGUGAUCGAUUAACUCCUCCUCUUGUACUCUCUGCCUCUUUGUCCUU